GGGCGUUGACAAUCGUACCGUCUUCGUGUUGCGUUUGCCUUUCUGAGAUUCUUCCUCGUGUUAAAAAUGUCGCUUGCAUUCACACCAGGCCACCGAUCUGCCUAAUGCACAGCCAAUAGCUGUCUUUAAAGCCAUUCAAUUGUUUGCCUCUCUGUACUCCUCAAGAAACUAAGGCACGCUUCCUGUUCGAAUCUUUGACUCGGAUCCUCAGAAUCUGCACUGCCCUGGGCUUCAUCUGGAGGAGGAGAACACCUCAGUUUCUCCGAGUUUGAUUCGAGCAAGAUGUAUGUCAUUGAAGAUAAGGGAGGUGCCAUCGCCCUCAUGUUGGCGGCGCUGUUCUUCCUCGGCACAUGGCCUGCCGUCUUGACUCUUCUGGAACGAAGAGGCCGCCUUCCACAGCACACUUACCUCGAUUAUUCCAUCACCAAUCUCCUGGCGGCGGUGUUCAUCGCAUUGACCUUCGGGCAGAUUGGAGAAAGCAAACCCAACAUGCCCAAUUUCUUCACCCAAUUGACGCAGGACAACUGGCCUUCGAUCUUGUUUGCGAUGGCAGGUGGAAUUGUUCUUAGUCUUGGAAAUCUUGCUACUCAGUAUGCCUGGGCGUUUGUUGGUCUUUCGGUUACUGAAGUCAUUACUUGUAGUAUAACUGUAGUUAUAGGAACAACUCUGAACUAUUUUCUCGACGAUCGAAUCAAUAAAGCUGAGAUACUUUUCCCUGGAGUUGGUUGCUUUCUCAUUGCUGUCUGUCUUGGUUCUGCUGUUCAUUCAUCAAAUGCAGCUGAUAACAACAAGAAGCUCAGUGGUUCAUCAAGCAACUACAAGAUUAAAACUAGUAAUGUAGGAGAGCAAGAAGUAAACAAGGAUAUUCCAGUGAAAGAUUCUACCAAUAAGGACAUUGAGGAUGGAGUUUCUGGUGUUUCAAAUUCAUACAUCAACACUGAGAAAGCAAAAGCUGGGACAGCAGAAUUCCUCAUCGAGCUUGAAAAUCGAAGAUCGAUCAAGGUGUUUGGUUCCAAAACAAUACUAGGCCUUGGCAUAGUGUUCUUUGCUGGCAUUUGCUUCUCGCUCUUCUCUCCGGCGGUUAACUUGGCAACCAACGAUCAGUGGCACUUGCUGGAACAAGGGGUGCCGCACCUCGUGGUUUACACUGCAUUCUUCUAUUUCUCCAUCUCAUGCUUUGUUGUUGGCAUUGGAUUGAACAUAUGGUUCCUGUACAAGCCUGUUCUUGGCCUUCCAAGGUCAUCUUUCAAAGCUUAUUUGAACGACUGGAACGGAAGGCAUUGGGCUCUUUUGGCAGGUCUACUUUGUGGCUUUGGGAAUGGCUUUCAAUUCAUGGGUGGGCAAGCCGCCGGAUACGCAGCAGCUGAUGCCGUGCAGGCCUUGCCGCUUGUGAGCACAUUUUGGGGCAUAAUCCUAUUUGGAGAGUACAGGAAGUCAUCAAAGAAGACUUACUCGCUGCUACUGAGCAUGUUGUCUAUGUUUAUCAUUGCUGUUGGCGUUCUAAUGGCUUCAUCUGGGCAUAGAAGACAUUGAUCGAACAAACUGUUCAAUGGGUGUAAAAAUUUAAAUCAAGCC